AUGAAGAUCCCGCUGCUGGUCUCCACGGGAAUCCUGCUGGUCGCCCUCCUGCCCUGCCAGGAGUGCAGAGCCCUCAGCAAGAGCCCGGUAGCCGCCCACGGGGCUCUGCACCAGCCAGAUUUCUUCCGGCAGCAGCAGCAGCAGCAGCAGCAGCAGCAGAGCNNAACCCUGCCCGUCCUGCUCCGCAUGGGAGAAGAGUAUUUCCUGCGCCUGGGCAACCUCAACAAGAGACCCGUUGGCUCUUUCUCCGCCUCUUCCAGCAGCACCAGCCACCUACAGCCCGAAGCCUCCGCCAGCAACUUUUUCCGGGCGGCGGUGCAACAGCUGCCCGAGCGCUCGCUGGGGAGCCCCGAGGAGGGCGAAGCCGAGGGUGAGGCCGUGGAGAGGGAGAAGCGAUCCGAGGAGCCCCCUAUUUCUCUGGAUCUGACUUUCCACCUCCUGCGAGAAGUCUUGGAGAUGGCCCGAGCCGAGCAGUUAGCGCAGCAAGCUCACAGCAACAGGAAACUGAUGGAGAUAAUCGGGAAAUGAAACGGCCCCUC